AUGUAAUAACAUGUGGAUCCAUCAAUGUAGAUUCUUAAGUUGAUUACAAUUCUAAAUUAGAAAGGAUAAGAAGUUGUGGAGAAAAAACCUGCCAUUUUUAAUGAGAUAAUAAAAAUAACAAAAUAAGUUUUCGAAGGGAAAUAGGAUUCUUAACAAAUCCAGAGAUUACAAUAAGAUGAUAUCAUUUUAUGGGCUAGAAAUUAAUUAUAGGAUAGUAAAGCCUAAAGUAAUAUUAGAAUACUCAUUUUGUAGUUCGAUAAUAUGCAAUAAAGUUUUUACGAUACCUAAUUACAGAUUAAAAGAUUUUAGGAAUAUACAGACAAAAAGGAGUUCAUUAUUUUAUCGCUCGUUCAUUAUAAAGAGAUUGUAAGUAAUCGACUAAGAAUGAUAAUUCAAAUAGAUAAUAGCAAUAACCUUAAUAUAUAUAAUAAGAAGUAUUGUAAGCAUUAAAAUUCUCAAACAAAUGGUUAGAAAAAUUAGGUGGAUGCUAAAAUUAGAAUUUAACAACAACUAGCAAAUUUCCUAAAAUUUUAGGAAAUGCUUUAGUUGCAAUGGCAGAAUCAUGUGAAGAAUAACUUAAAAGAUAUGCAAUUUUAACAUUAAGAGCUUUUGCAUUAAAUGCUCCUGAAAUGUGUAGUUGGUGUGGUGGUAUUAGAAUAUUGAUUGAAAAUGCUAUGGAACAAUCUUUAUCUGAUAUAUCUGAUUAAAUAGUAUGGACAUUAUUAUAUUUAUUGAAUGAACCAUCUGCUAGAACUACAAUAAGAAUGUAUUUAGAUUUAUCAAAAUGGUUUUCUAUUUUUACAGAAAUUGAUCCACCUAUAGAUUAAGCUAAAAAUGAUAAAAAUAGAACAAUAAAUAAUAAAUUUGAAGCAAAUCUUUAAUUAGCUAAAAAAGCUAUAAUUACUGUUUUAAAAUCUUGGCAGGGUUUAAUAUAUUUAGGAGAUGAAAGAUAAGCUUUAAAAUCAUUAAUUUAAGUAUUAAGAUAACCUAUUAAACCUGCAAUUAGAAAUUCAAUAUAUGAUAUUCUAAAAUCUUUACUUUCGUUAGGAAAUAAAGAAAAUGUUGGUGUUAGUGUAGUAAAUAGAUAAUAAUAAUAAGAUGGAUUUAUCGGAGAAUAUAAAAUCAAUAAUUUACUAAAUAAUUAUUUAGUAAUGUUAGUAUAAGUAUUAUUGGAUUGUGAUUUAUUUAAAAUAUUAGUAGAAUUGAGUGGUUUAUAAGAUUAGGAUGUAUCUGGACCAGCUUAAAGAUUUUUAAAAGAAUUAUCAUCAUUAAUGUUUAAUUUAAUACCAGAUUGUCAUAAAUAUACAGAUUUUUUAAUUGCUGCUGCAAAUCAAAAUGAUCCAUUUUUAUAAGAUUUGAAAUCUUGGUCUUCUGAAAUUGUUAAUACAAUGGGUAAUUAUGCUUUUGAUAAUACUAAUAAAAAGGGUAGAAAUUAAAUAUCUAAAUUUUUAUAUUAAUGUGAGAGUUUAUAUUUGACUACUAAAUUAGGAUUACCAACACAUAAAAUUAAUAAUGAAACUGUAGGAAUUAUUAGAGGAUAAAUUGAAUAAGAAACAGAUCAAAAUAAAUUUGAAACUCUAUUAAGCAAAUCUUAUGUUUUAGAAAAAAAGGAAGAUAAUUCUAAAUGGAAUUGGAAUUAUAUUUUAGAUUUAUUAGAAAAUUAUUUAAAUGAUGAAAGUCGUUAUUAAGAGACAAUAAAAAAUAGAUUUUUAAAAAAUUUAUUGACAUAUUAUUUUCCAUCUAAUAUGUAAUUUUGUAAAAUGGAUUGGAAACCAGAUUUUAUACAAGCAAAAUGUGGUUAUUUAUUAUUAAAAUUAUUACUUAAAGAUAAGGUUGGAAGAGAAAUAAUAUCCUCAACUACUGGAGGAUAUUUAGGAAUAGCAAAAAGUUAUAUUUAAGAUUUGAUAAGUUUAUUAAAAGCAGAUAAUUCAUAUAUAUUAGGUUUUAAGUCUUCUAUAGAUUAAAAUGCUUAGAAACAUGCAGCUUAACACUUAUUACAACCUGAAUAAUAUUCAUAAAAAAUGAUACGAGAAUAUAUAUCUUGGAUUGGUCUUUUCUCUUGUUCAAAAAGUGGAUAGACUAUUUUAGAGAAUACAGGGAUAUUUACAAUAUUAAAAGACUACAUUUUAGAAAGUGGAAUAAGAGAUCAUGUUUUAAUACAUGUAUUUAUUGAAUUUUAUAAUUUAGUUAAUUCAUUCAUUUGAUUAUGGGAAAUAAUCUUAGGCUAGAAUAUUUUUUAGUCAUUGUUUAGAAAAUGGAUCAAACACUCUUAUUAAAGCAUGUCUUGAUUUUAUCAGAUUAUUAUAUAGGAGUGAAUUACAUGAUUUCAAUAUUUGGGCAAUUGAUUUAUUAAUAGGUUGUUUAAAAAAGUCUGAUGAUAUAGGAUUAAAGGCAUUAUCAGUAAUUGAAGAAGUGACAUUGGAUAUUGAAAAUGCAAAUAGAUUUUUAGAGAAAGUAGAUAUUCAUAGAUUGCUUUAAUUAUGUUAGAAAUGUGAAAGUCAAUUAAUAAUAAUGUUAUUAUCACACAAAAAAGGAUUUGAAAAAAUAAAUAAAGAUUUAAAUGGAUAUUUAUUGAAUGAAAUUGAAAGAUGGAAAUAGAGUGAAUGUGAGAAUUAUAUUGAGAAAGUAGAAAAAGUAAUGUGCGAUGCAUUAGAAUUUGUAUCAUCUGAAGAACAAUAAUAUUUAUUUAAAUUUCCGUUACUUUAAAAUAAUAAUGAAAAUCCAAAUGCUUCGAUAGGAUUUGUAUAUAAGAUGCCUUGGAGUAUGCUUUUGAACUGUGAACUUGGUAGUGAAGGAAAUGGUAUAUAUAAUUAAUUAGAAUAGAACUUGUUUAUUUGAAUGUUACAAUAGAUUAUCCUGGAACAACUAAUUUAUUCAUAUUAGUUGGAAAGAGUGACAAAUUUAUCUAAUUUCAUAGUAACAAUACUUUUGUUUUAAAACUUUAAAUAAAUGUGGGAAAGAUAUUUGUAGAUAAUUAAUUUAAAGAAGUUAGUGAUCCUCAUUUAAUAAGAUGUGAUGCUAAUGAUAAAAGAAAUAAAUCAUAUGUGAAAGAUAAUUAAUUAAUUAUUGAAAAACAUGGAAUACUUUUUAUAUUUGAUUGUAAUAAUAAAUACAUAUAUAAAAUUUAGAAUUUGAUUCAACAUUAAGAUUAAAUUAAAUAAAAGUAUUUGUGAGAUUAGGAGAAACUAAAAAUAAUACAGUUAAGAUGCCUGCACAUAUAUUUGGUGAAUUAGCAUUUACAGAAUCUGGUUUUAAUUUAUUAAAAAAUUAUAUCGAUUAUUUUGUAUAAUCAAUAAGAAGUCCUGAUGUAGCAUUUUAAUAAAAACGUUCUGCAUUAUGGGCAAUUGGACAUAUAGGAUAAAGUAAAUAUGGAAUUAAAUUAAUAAGAGAAUUAGGACUUAUUUAAGAUUUAGUUAAAAUGGCAGAAUAAUAUCCAGUAUUAUCUUUAAGAGGUACAUGUCUUUAUACUCUUAAUUUAAUUUGUACUACUAGUAUGGGGAGAAAAGAAUUAGAAAAAUUUCAAUGGAUAUCUCAUUUAAAUUGCAAUUCUGGAUGGUUAUGUAUACCAAAGAAUAUUUAUCAAUUUUUUUAUAUAAGAGUAUCAUUAUAAGAAAGUCAUAGAUGUUAUUGGGCUUUACAAGAAGAUAUUUGGGAUAAAUAUUCUAAAUUUCAAUCAUAUUUUAAAAUGAAUUAAACUUAAAAAAAAAUCAUUGAUACAAUCUCAUUAAUGAGCAAUUCUAUCACUUAUAAAGAAGCAGAUAAAGAAUUAAGUAGUUUAAGAAAUUAAAAACCUGAAUGUUUUUAAGAUGUUGAUCUAUUUCAUUUAAUAUUGAUGAUGAUUACAUUUUAUUAAUUUUCAGCUUAAGCAAAGAAUAGAAUUUUUAGUAAUUUUGAUAGGAUAUUCACUUAUUAAACAAUCAAUAUCAUUAUUGAACAUCCAAUAUAUUAAUAAUUACAAUGUCAAGAACCAUUAAUUAUUUGA